AUGCAUAGAACUGAUUGUUUAAUCAAUAAGACAAAUUGUCUAAUAAUAUUUCUAAUUAUUUGUGUCUUUAUUGCUCUUACUCCUCCACAAAUAACAACAAAUAAUUAAAGUUUUGAAAUAUUUGAAGUAGAAGUGACUGAUACAGAAAUUUAAUACUAUAUAGAGAAUGAUAUUGUAUACAAUAAUACAGAUUAAUUUGGUUUAUAAACUGUUUAAAAUUGGUUACCAAUUCAAUCUGAAUUAGCUCAAUUAAAUUUAGCAUUAGAUUAUUUUUCGCGGUUAAAAUUAGAUAAUCUUAUUAAACAACAUAAUGAAUUUUAGAUAUAAGUAGAUUUAUGUUUAUAAUUGUCAUUAAAUUAAGAUUUUGAAAAUUUUCUAAGUAAAUUUAAUUCAACUAUUAAUAAUGAUAGUUAAAUAGUUGAUUAUAUGAACAAUUUGUUGUAUAAAAGAAAUUAAUUACAUGAAAAUUAUAUAGAAAAAAAAAAUAAUUUAGAAAAUCUUUAUAAUGAUGAAAGAAUGUUAAAAUCAUAGAUAAUAGAAUAUCAAAUAAAUGAAUAAGAUUCUUAUCUUUUAAAUAAAAAGAUUGCCAAUUUAAAUAAAUUAAAAUACAUGAUUAAUUAAUCUAAUAAAGAGAUGUAAGAAUUGAAUUAAAAAAUUAAAUAACAAAAAUCCCUUGGAGAAGAUGAAGAUUUAAGUGAAUAUUAUAAAAAAGAUUAAGAUUAGGCAAAAAAGUUAAGGUAAUUAUUUAAACCAGCAGGUACAAAAUCAGUAGAAAUACAUAAUGAAAAAUUAUAUGAUCUAUUAAAUGUAUUAGAUCAAAAUAUUAAAUAAUAUCAAAGUCCAACAGAUGUUUACUUUAAUGGUUUAAAUUUUUCUCCAGAAAUAAGAAGAAAUGCUUUGGAAGAACUUGAAUUAUAAUAUACAAGAUUAUAGAUAAAAUUAGAAUAAUAAAUUAAGAAUUAAGAAGAUUUAGAAAGAGAAAUUAAUGAAUUUGAGAGAAAAAAAAAAGAAAAGGAAAAGAAAUUUGCUGAUGUUUUGAAUAGAUUAGAAAUAGUAAGAAAUGUUUAAAAGGACUUAGAUAAAGAUUAUGAAAUAAUAAAAUUAUAAAUUGAAGAGAUUAAUAAAGAAAUUAAAAAUAUGAUGCCAAUAAAUAUGAGCUAAAAUAACAAUUUAGUAAAUUUUUAAUAACAUUAUAAAUGUAUUUAUAAUCUUUAAUUAAUUAGAAUAUAUUUAUGAGCAUAUGGAUUAGGAUCAAAAAUGUGUUGAAAAAUGCAUUUAAUAUGAUUCAUUAAAUUAAUAAUUAUAUAUGGGAAGAUAUAAAUAAUCUUUAUAAUUAAUUUAGAGACAUUUUUAAUAAUUGGUUAAGCUUUUCAAAGAAUUCACUAUAUGA